AUGUCGACACUUCUGCCUUUUCACAGACAUAUCAUUGAGAAGAUUCAUGACCCAGCGACAAGUGAUCUUCUCGUCAUAGCGAGAGGCGUAGGCCUUCGCAGAAUCAUUUGUACGCUCAUGAAGAUCUAUGAUUCUCCCCAGAACCUUGUUUUGCUCGUGAAUGCCACCCCGGAAGAAGAGUCUGCUAUCGGUGAAGAACUAGGGAUCAUCGGCUGCCGGAAACCUGGCCUACGUGUUGUCAGUCAUGAGACAGGGAGUAAGGAGAGACAAGGAGGGAUUAUUUCUGUAACUUCGCGCAUAUUGGUGGUCGACAUGCUUCAGUCUGACAUACCAACUGAGCUUAUCACUGGAAUGAUGGUUCUUCAUGCUGAAAAAGUGACUCCACUAGUGCUUGAGGCAUUUAUCGUUAGACUAUUCAGAGAGAAGAACAAAAAUGGAUUCAUCAAGGCAUUUACUGACCAACCGGAGCACAUUACUAGUGGACUUUCUCCUCUCAAGAAUAUAAUGAAGGAACUACAAAUUCGAAAUGUACACAUAUAUCCCAGAUUUCACGAAGAGCUUAAAAAAUGUCUCGAACGUCGACGAGCAGACGUUGUCGAACUGUCGCAGCAUCUGACAGAACCCAUGGCCGACAUACACCACGCCAUCAUAGAAUGUAUGAACAGCACAUUAUCAGAAUUGAAGAGAUCUAACACAAAUCUCGAUUUGGACGAUUUCAAUGUUCAAAAUGCAUAUUUUCAAUCUUUUGAAGUCAUCGUACGACGCCAGCUCGAUUCUGUAUGGCACAAAGUGGGCCCAAAAACCAAGCAACUUGUGAAUGAUCUAGGAAUUCUGCGCCGACUUUUGUACUACCUUCUUACAUACGAUGCCCUCCAAUUUCAUUCCUAUUUGGAGGUAUUGAUCGCAGCUAACAACGCCACCGCUACUGGAGGCACAAAACAACAUCAGUCCCCAUGGAUGUUAACGGACGCCGCAAACAUUAUUUUCCAAUCGGCGCAGCGACGGUGUUUCACCGUUAGCUCGACUUCAAAAAAGGUGGUCACUCCAGUAAUCGAUUUAACUGAAGACGAAGAUGCAUGGGCUGCACUUGACGAAGCGGAAGGGCAUACUACUGCUCCUCCUAAUAAAGGCAAUGACAAGACGGAAGAGUCACGACCUACUUGGCUUCCAAAAGGCCUUGAGCCUGUGCUCGAAGAAUUACCCAAGUGGAAUCUUUUAUCGGAGAUCAUCCUCGAAGCUGAAGGCGAGAUGAUUCGGCAGGAAAGUUUAGCAAAGCCAGGUUCAACGCGCUCGAACACUGUUUUGGUAAUGACAUCCUCAAUUCGAACGUGCAACCUCUUAACGGAGUUUCUGUCGAGUAUGGACCAUGAUGCACCUCCCGGGAGUCGAGGCCGUGCAAUGAUGCUGCGGAAGCUGCGCUUAUACCUGUGGUGGAAGGGGAAAAUGGACGAAAGGAAGGCUACCAACAAGGCAGCUUCAAGCAUGCCCGAUAACGGCACAGGCAAGGGUAUCUUUGACGCUAUAUAUGCGGACCAAGAAGACCUCAGCGAAGCACUGAAGAAGAAGGACAAAGAAAAGGCACAGCGUGCGCAGAAUCGUCGACGCAUCCGCGGCGGCGCCCCUGCGACUUCGAGUUCGCCGGUCAAAGGGAAAGGGUCUGCUACCACGCGGCUUGAACCUCAAGAGAUACCGGUACCCAAUGCGAUGCAAAAUGAUACAGACGAAUUUGCAAAAUUUUGGGCAUCUCAGGGAGAAGCCAUACUCGCAGGGCAACCACUCAAUGUAAUAGACGAUUUGGUGUUGCUAGAUUUCGAAUCAAACACUCUGGAAAACGACUUUGACACUAAUUAUGGGUUACUUGCACCCGAACAAACGGUCCUCGUUCGCGCCUACUCAGACGACACGGAUGAUAGAAUUCUGCAAGAAAUUAGACCCAAAUUCAUUGUCAUGGUUGAGCCGGAUAUGGAUUUCGUUAGGCGAAUCGAAGUUUACAAAAGUUCCAAUCCAGGUCUCGCGGUUCGAGUAUACCACAUGGUAUAUGCUAACUCAAGUGAGGAGCACAAGUACUUAGCGGGUAUCAGACGUGAGAAAGAUGCUUUCGAACGCUUGAUCAAAGAACGUGGAUCCAUGUUAAUUACACUAGUCGAGGAUCGCCGCAGCGAUAACUCUGAUUCAAUGAUCAAGACCAUCAGCUCUCGUUUGGCAGGCGGUCGACGCGAACUCAACAAAGAACCAUCUCGAGUUGUCGUUGAUAUGCGAGAGUUUAGGUCUACAUUGCCUUCGUUAUUGCAUGCAUCGGGUUUACAGGUUAUCCCGGCUACACUCACAGUUGGGGACUAUAUCUUGACACCGGAUAUUUGCGUCGAGCGCAAAAGCUUAUCCGACUUAAAAACUAGUUUCAACAACGGACGACUGUAUACCCAAUGUGAAAUGAUGUCACUUCAUUAUAAGUAUCCUAUUCUCCUCAUCGAGUUCGAAGAAGACAAGGCGUUUUCCCUCGAUAUCAUGGCAGAUAUGAAGACCUAUGGCAAGGGAACUAGAUAUCCGUCCAAGCAACGUGCUGGGCCAUCCGACCAACCCCAUUACAACUCCCCAACCAUUCAAGCAAAAAUAGUUUUACUUACAUUGACAUUUCCUCGGGUGCGCAUCAUUUGGUCGUCCUCGCCUUACGCCACAUCCGAAAUCUUCAACGACCUCAAGGCAAAUAACGCAGAACCAGAUCCUUCAAAGUCCGUUACCAUUGGUGCCGAUGACGAUCCAGAUGUUGGUGCUGGCAUUAAUGCUGCGGCAGAGGAAGUCCUGCGAUACAUUCCAGGAAUUACUGCCCAUAACGUCAAACUGGUUAUGCACAAGGUCAAGAAUAUUGAAGAACUAUGCAAUCUCAGCCUAUCUGAGGUGCAAGGCAUUCUGGGUGCAGACCCGGGCAAGGCAUGUUAUCAGUUUAUUCACGAAGGGGAUAAACGAUGA